GUUUAGCUCCCUGCUGACCUAGUUUCUGAUACCACAACACGGUGCAUAUGUGUUGACGACUAUUGUAAAUGGAGUAGAUAGAAUAUUGAUUUCUUCAGUUAAACUAUCAAUCAUAUUCGGCGAGUCGUGAGAAACAUGAAUCUAUAAUCAGACACCCGAGACCUGUUGCCGCCUGGCCUUAAAAAGCUAAGAACGAAACUUCUUCAGUUAUCAGUGUCUAAGUGUUGCAGCCACAGAAUCAAUUAACAGUAGCAAGAUGGACCAAAGAAUGUUGUCUUGCUUAGUCUGACGGACUCCUAGACGGGAAAUAAGAAAGCUGGUCCAACUGCCUGUAGUUCAUCUUAACCAUCUCUGCCUUGCUGUUGUAAGGUUACACUGUGCAAAGUGAUAAAAAAAAUAGUUAAAAAAGGAGAGCAUCCACAGACCCAGAGUCAUGUUAUUCAGCCAUCAGUGCAGCAAUGAGAUAAUGGUGCUCUGUGAGCAGUGAGGGAUGGGGAAUGGAGCCUCUGUCGAUACUGAGAAUAGCUCACCCAUAAAUAGAAAUAGAAAUACUAGCAGAUCCCACGCUGAUAUGUCCCGGUCUCCCCGAGGACACCAGGGCUUCCAAGAGCGUCAGCUUCAACAAGCUGACGAUCAUGUGACCUUGGGUUCUCCGCAGGCCAAUCUUUGGAGCCAGGCAGCUGUGCGUGCGGCUGGGCGAGAGAACAACUAUGACUUGCAUGAUGUUGUGAGGGCAGCCCAAAAUCCUGAGCAUUUUACCACUAACAAUGAUGACCUAGUGUUUGAGACAUUCCACCAUGCCAGUGGCCAGGAGUUUCAGUGUCUGGUGCAGGGAGGAUUAAGAUUUUAUCUGGAUUCCUGGCAAACACAGCAAUGGCAGCCGUUUCCAGUACAGUGGUACAAUGAAGGACACAUAACUGUGGAAAAUGUCAUUCAAGGAGAAACAGACUCUAGCUCUCAGGCAGCAUCUGCAUCUGCAACCCCGCCUCUCUCCCACAACACCGCCACCAGUGGCAAUGGUGCUGCCCAUGGUGGUGCUGCCAGUGAGGCCAGACCCAGCAGAAGGGAAAGGCCCAGAGAUGACCGCGAAGGCCAUCUUGACCAUCCUUUAAAGGGAAGAGUAGCCACGUAUCUCUUUGAGGAACGUGUCAAUGUCCACUGUUACUUUGACAAUGACACUGGUCAGUGGAUCAAACUGCCCAUUGGAUAUGAAAUCCACUCUGAUGUUAUCAAAGACUUCAUGGAUAUCAUUCAGGAGACAAUCCCAGACUGGACAAAUAGUCAUGACAUCUUAGCGUCACUUAGAGCAUCAAACUAUGACCCACACGAGUGUAUAUCGACAUACUUCAAUAUUGGAGAUCCAGUGACAGACCCAUGGCUGAAGGGAAUUGUACGGACAAAGAACAAUGCAGCUGAUGUAAACUUGAUGGAACAAAAGGACAAAGAAAUAGAAAAAUUGAAGAAAACUAUCAAGAGCUUGGAACAGCAACUUGCAAACAGCAAGGAAGAUCUCAAGAAAAGCAAUCAAAAGGUUGUAUCAUUAGAAGACAGAGUGUCGACACUCGAGGCAGAGAACAAGAGCACCAAUGUGCGUCUCACAGCACUGCAAGAAGCCAGACCCAAGACAGCAAAGGUCGUAACUGUGGAGAAGAGUUCUGUUGAUCCUAAGACAGCCAGGGCACUGAGCGAGUCAGCCAAAAACUUGCACAAGUCCCACAUUCAGCUCAAGAUGGCAGUCAAGAAGCAUGUGGGGGAGAUAUCAGACCUCAUGAAGAAGGCCAUCAAUGGGAUGCGUGACAUCAGGAGCUGUGACAGUGGACAAUCCAGAGAAAUCGAAGAUCUCAGGGAACUUUACAGAAAGGAAGCUCUGGAAAGAAAGUUGCUGUAUAACAAGUUACAAGAAUUGAGGGGCAACAUUCGCGUCUUUGCCAGAUGUCGCUAUGACGACAGAGUGCAGUGCUCCUUAGAGUUUCCAUCAGAUUCGGACAUUGCAACAUUCAACCCUGCCACACAGCAGAAGAAGAUAUUCAGCUUUGACAAGGUGUACUCCCCCAGCUCCAAGCAAACUGAGGUGUUUGAAGACACGCUGCCAAUCAUCCACUCCUGCGUUGAUGGGUACAAUGUGUGCAUUUUGGCGUAUGGACAAACGGGGUCGGGAAAGACCCACACCAUGAUGGGACCCGAGCACGACCCGGGAGUCAAUAUCAGAUCGAUAAAGGCUUUGCUAGAGAUUUGUAAAGAAAGGAGUGACAAAGCUGACUAUACUUUAAAGGUAUCACUCCUAGAAAUCUACAAUGAGAAUGUCCAGGACUUGCUGUCCAGUGAUGUGAAGACACUACCUGUCCAGAGCAAAGGGAACAAAGUGGUCAUCCCUGGGCUGACUGAGGUCGAGGUGACCUCGAUGGCGGACAUCCAGCGCGUUAUGGAACUGGGAAAUAAGAACCGAACUACAGCUGCUACUAAGAUGAACUCUCAGAGCUCUCGGUCUCACCUAAUUCUAAAGCUGUCAGUGGAAGGGUUGAACCGCAAAGCUGGUACCCACUCCAGCGGAAGUCUGAUGUUGUGUGAUCUCGCUGGCUCAGAAAGAGUCGGGAAGACAGAGGCUCAGGGACAGCGCCUGGUGGAAGCAGCUGCCAUUAAUAAGUCUCUUACUGCACUUGGACAGGUGUUCAGUGCCCUGCGUGCCAGCCAGCUGCAUAUACCAUACAGGAAUUCCAAGCUGACACACAUCCUUCAGCCAGCUCUUGGGGGCGAUGCCAAGGCCUGUCUCUUUGUGGCCGUCAGCCCCGAUGUUCGGAAUAUUACUGAAACAAUAAGCACUUUGACGUUUGGCUCCAAUGCAAGGCAGAUAGCUCUGGGUCAAGCCAAGGCUAAUGUGUCCAAGAGAAUGCCAAAGGAUGAUGAUGAUGACUAG